CACGGGUCAGGGUUGGAGCCCUUCAACGUGAAGAUAUCUUACUCACAAACCUGACUUAUCAUAACAGCGGGUGAACUGUAGUCACUACAGAUUAGAUAACUGCGCAAUCGGAAACGGGUCAUUUCCAGUACAAACUCAGCUCCGCUGAUAUCCACUACGACAAUUCUCUGUGCGCUAGAGCGCAGGUUGAGUGAUUGGCGCACGGGCUGGACGUACGAGGACACCUGGCGCAACCCGCGGGUCACCUGGGAGAUUCCUCAGCUUGUUUCCCGCCAGUUAUUUGAUUCCCUGGAAUCUCCGCCGUACGUGAGGGUUCAUGACAACACUGAGGUGGCGGGAGAGUCUCCUAAAUACCCGCAGACGUGUGCUGGGUCCCGGCGGACUCGGAAGGCAGGGUGCUAGUGGAGCGGACUAGAACAAACUGUGGACAGAUAUGGAGGCAAAGGUAUCACUUUCCCAUCUGGUGUGUAUUCUCCUGCUCGUGACGUCAUUCGGGGAGAAGUCAGUGUCCAAGCGCAGGCGCACAAGACCAAGGAAGACCAAAGCCAAGCCGCAGUUCCGAGGCUGCGGCACGACCGGAAAUGACGUGUAUUACCCGUGCUGCGGCUACACCCCUGGUACAUCCAAAGGUAACGUGAUCAGUCGGCGGUACGUCCCGAGCGGCAAGUCGUCAGCUCCGCUGGGGAGGGUGCAGUGCACAGCCGGGCCGCCAGGGCCGCCCGGCCCACCUGGUCCGCCAGCACCUGUGGACAACCUGCUCCAAAAUAGCAUGGCGUUUCAGACUCCGCAGAGGGCCGCUUUUUCUGUGGCACGGACUCGCAGCCUCAAGGGCAGCUUCAAGUACCAGAAGGUGCUGUUUGACAAGAUGCUGGUGAAUAUUGGCGGCCAUUUUAACAUGAAGUCCGGCAUCUUCACCUGUGCCUACCCCGGGGUGUAUCACGUGAGUUUCAGCGCAGGCGCAGUGCCAGGCCGCCAGGUGAACCUGGACUUGAUGUUGAGCGGCAAAGUCGUGGCGGACGUCUACAACACCGGGAAGAACAGCUACAGGGACAUGGUGAGUCGCAGCCUGCUGCUGCAGCUGAAGCCUGCUGAAACACUUUGGUUACGGCUCGCCAGGGGGCGCGAGUACGCGCUCUACAGCGACCACGAGCUGCAGACGUCCUUCUCAGCCUUCCUACUCUACCCGGACACCUGAUCCUCGAACAGAAAAGUCUCUAUGGGAACAAACAUCAACCUCAAAGAACAAAGGGUACUGGUUUCCUGUUGACGGUGUGACUGUACACAUGUAUUGGCUCUCUUAUUCUCCGUUCGAAUCAGAGGGGUUCGAGGUCCAGCAUAUCUGUGGAUUCGAGAUUGAAUGAAAUUUGAUCCAAUUGCUUGAGUUACUGUUAUAUUGCGCAUCUUAUAAUAUCAACGCCAUACCCUGGAUGUCGUCAACGCAUUGAGUACACGUUUCUGUAAAAUUCAUGUGUAGUAAAUGUAAUACUUGACCUAAAUUAGGAUAGAGACUUGAAACGUUUGUAUAGUUAGGUGUCACAGGUCGUUCCGUGGAAUAUAACCAGCUGCUGCCGCGCCGCGUGCCUGCAAAUCUGGUGUGUUACGCCGAACGGCGGUUAUACCGGCUAUAUAGGUACAGAUACAGGUAUAGACACGUUUGUUCACCCUCUUUCUACUGUCUGAACAAGAUUAUUGGAGCUCCACAGAAAUAUACAUGAAUCUGCAGGGUACUUGGGGGGAUAUAAUACUAUUUUGACAUAUAACGCAACUGCCGACUAGUUCAUAUUCAACGUCAAGUUGCCCCCCAAAUACUUUAUUAAUAAGAGAAUUGCUGUCAGGUCCAUGCACACAGAUAGCCCUUAUAUUAAUUUUUCUGAAGAUAAAUGUAUUGUUGACAUCCAUCUGCCCAAGAGGAUAAUGGUAGGCAGACAGUACGUAAAUGUAGCUUGAAAAAAAUGUACUCAUCGUGAAAUACGUGUAUUCCUUAGCUAGUCUCCAUGGAAAAGAAAGGGACAAAUAAAGCAAUUUUCAUUCAAAUGCAAAAAAAAUAUCAUUUUAUUCCGAUUUCAUAAAGUGAUAAUGAAAAAAAGCUAUGGAAUCUUAAUUUAUACACCUCGUCGUACGUUUAUAAUUCAUAUUCUGUGCUGCCAAGGAAGUUACACAAGUGAAGAUUAUAAAAGUUGAACGAUUCAUCUCUGAAAUUAUAUCACUUGAUUAUUCAUAAUAAAAUCCAUUUUGAAUGGCUUAA